UCAAGUGCGGUGUUCGAUCGGGACGUAUUUUUAAAAUAUAAAAAUGGUUUAUUAAAAUCUCGUAGAAAAUGCAAAUUAAAUUACUAACAUGAGUGCCCACAUCAUAACAAGAUUACCUGUGCAGUUGUUGGCCUCAUGACCAGUUAACUUGCACCACGCAUUCGUAUAAACGCGAUGGGCGACGUUGUCAGCUUGUUUUCUGUGCUAAUCAUGAAAUUUAAGUCAAAGUUCAACCAGAGCAAGCUUUAUUUUCAUUACGAUGUGCAGUGGGAUAAGCUCAAGUCAGUAAAAUGGAUGAACGCGAGGGCUUCGUCAAAUAAGGCCUAUGUUCCAACCACGGUUGAAAAUGUGGCAAAUGUGUGCACGCACGCCCUAUGCGUUGCCCCGGCGUCGCUCGGGGCGCGCGAACUCCUAACACGCUCCGUAAACGCACCACAAGCAAUAGCAGCAGUGGUCUAUGGUUUAGCACUAUGUCUUCUGUUCGCCGUCUCCACUACCUUCCACUCUGUGUGCUGCUGUAAAUCUGAUACCAAAAUGAAGCACUUCCUCCACCGAUGCGACCGUGCGAUGAUAUACAUCUUCAUCGCGAGCUCCUACUUCCCAUGGCUCACCGUCGGCACGUUAUCCUGCUGGAUGUUGCGAGAGCUGAGAUGGGCUAUCUGGCUGCUUGCGGUCCUCGGCAUCACCUAUCAACAGAUCUUCCAUGAGCGGUACAAGAUGCUGGAGCUAUUGUUAUACUUGAUAAUGGGGCUGGGCCCAGCGGCGAUCAUUGUCACGUCGAAUCACCAAUUCCCGGCGAUGCACGAUCUCAAGAUAGGAGGGUUCCUGUAUCUCAUAGGCGUGUUCUUCUUCAAGUCGGAUGGCCGCAUCCCCUUCGCCCACGCGAUAUGGCACGUGUUCGUGGCGUUGGCCGCCAGCGUGCAUUACCUUGCAAUACUCCGCCAUCUGUUCCCGGAGCUCAAAUCAUACUGAAGACUGCAACCUACCCACACAACUCCAUCUGUUCAGGGAACUUAAAUAAUAUUGAAGACUGCACGGCCAUAUUCCACCAGCGUUGGCCAAAUUCUGACCAUACUCAUCUUGUAAUUUAAUUAAGUUGAAUUUAUUUCCGGAACUCAUACCAAAUUUGAACACUACCCGAUAAGCCAGGAGCUGGUGAACUGAUUUUCAAGGUAUUACAGGCCAUUAAAAAUAUGCAAUUUAGAUAUUCAAAAAAGCGCAUGGUCAACAUACAUAACAAUUUUUUUAUAUGCCUGCUCUUAUAUGAUAUCACUUUGAACUUGUGUGAGUUUUUCAUUACAAAAAUACAAAAUUUAUAUAUAGAUAAUAUGUAUUAUCAACUAUAAAAUUAAAAAAAAAGUUUCUAGGAUUUUCCAGAUUGACGAUAUCUAGUUAAUACAUAUCGAUGAUAUAAUUUUAAUGUGUUAGCGUAGAUGUUAUAUGAAUCUCUCAAAAAGCGGAACGUGUAUGUUAUACAAUUAUGUAUUAUUUAUAUACAAUUUAUAUUAUUUAUUCAAUUUGGACUUGUGUAAAAAUUCUCAACAAAUAAUUCACUAUCUCUUGGACCAACAUUUAUAUAUAUUUUUUAUUCGACUAUGUUCGUUGUAUACUCUUUAAUAAAGGAAUCUUCCCUCUUUAUAGUAUCAGUAUAAAUAAUAUCGGUGCGGAGGAAAAAUGGCUAGUGAAACCUUACUAGCCCUCACUCACUAGGAGAAAAUAAAGUGUACAAAACUGACAAAAUAAAUUAAAAACUGACAUAAUAAAUUUCAAAAUUAUCGGUGGCGUCUAAUUUAUUUGAACAACGAAUGUUACAUAUUUUUACUGUUGGAGUAUGAACGGACGCGCUCUUAAUUACUCAUUUUUUCGGUUCAAAUUUAAAAAAACUUUCAAACUUUUAUCUUGAUAUUACUUAAUGAACAAAGGUUGAUCCAGCAACUUAAACUAGAUCAAUAUGAAAAUGCCUUCCAGUGUUCUCAAUGACUGUGCUAUACAAGUAAAACACAAUAUACUUACUUAAUCGUGUAAAAUCGUAUAAAAGUUUUAUAUUAUUGGCAUUCGCGUGCCCAUGGGCAGAUUUCAUUGGACACAACUGCUCUAAUGCGUAUUACAUCAUUACACACUAGAGGUGGUUUCUAGUGUCGUAACUCGUUUAACUUUCCGCGCAGUCAUCCAAGUAGCGCGAAUAAAGUAAUAUGGCUGCAUUUGUGCAACUAGCCACAGCAUAUCAAUCGUUUAAUCCCAUUUAAGUGACGUAGAUAGCGUAAGUUCUAAUAAAUAUAGUGUACCUAGAGAUGGUGAACUAUUUGAGAGCUUUUGAGGUGCACGUACACAAUCAAUCUUAUGACAAAAUGUUUUUUACAUUUAAUGUUAUAUCUUUAAAUGUGGUAAAAUAACUUCGUCAUUUCUGAUGAUUUAUUUUCUCUUCAUAGUCAUUGAGUAGCUGCUUGAUAUAACCAACAGUAUGGAAUGAUCAAAAAUAAAAUCUAGAUUCAAUUAGGUGAUAUGUGUGUAAAGAUCAUUAUAUCUAAAGUAUCUAAGCUUGACUGUCUUCGAAAGAUCUAAUAGUUAUGAGUUAUAAUCGUUUUUAGAUCGUUAAAUAUUUUUUUCAAUGUUAUGAUUAAGUAAAGUAUUAUUUGGCCCGGUAUAAACACUUUGAACAUAUUGUUCACCAUCUCUUGGACUAUGUGUGGUAUUUUGUAAUAUAUUGUUGAAUCUUAUUGUUGUAGUACCUAUGUAGUAUCCCAGAAUCUCGAGACCAAAUCCAAACCUUUUUAGAGCAUUUAAAAUUUAAAAUAAAAAAAAUGUAUUUGGGGUUUUUUAGAAACUUUUAUAAUCUAUCUGUAGUCUAUACUUAUAUGGAAUCCAGGUUUUUGCGCGAUCUUUUUUAUACACCUCAUGUGAAUUUUUCCUUAGACUAUAUAGUUCCUUAUACAUGUUUUAGUGUAGGUAGUUUUAACGUUUAAUGUUGUAUUUUAUGUGUAUAAAUGACGGGCACAUAUGCAACACGCAACUUUACGUGUGUCGAGUCAAACAAAACUUAUUUGUUUCAUGUCUGGAAAGGCAUUAUCAACAUGUUACGUCGGUAGAUAUAAAAAAUGCUGAGAUUCGAUUUGACUCGUUACGCAUGGCGUCUCGUAGUUUAGUUUGUUGCUAAUGUGUACCCGGCUUAAAUGGUGUUCUUGAGCAUGUACCGACUAUCCUAUACUAUAUUUUUGUGUCGUAAAUUAAUAGAAGUUAUUAAAUGUAAUUUGGGAAAGGUACAUAUUAAAAAUUGUAAAGUCGGCCAUUCACAGUCAGUCAUUAAGAUUAGUCAACUGAAUGGAAUUCAUUUUUGAUUGUUCAUCUUCAAUUUACUUAUGUAAUUUAAUUUAUAUGUUCCAUAUCACGGCUAGGCUGCAUAGGCAGGAUACAUUUCCCCCGGGGAAAUAUUAUCUCCUCCCACAGCUUUAUGAACUCUCCAUGCAUUGGCGCACGGGUAAAUAUAAUAUUCAAAUAAUAUUAGUGUAAUAAUAAACGGGGGGGAAACUUCCUAUUCCCUGUUGUCGUGCUUUGGCAGGUGGAUAUUAUUUUUGUCUCCUGCCUAAACUGGCCGUGCUGCCUGCAUAGUACUCGGAAUGAAAUCGAAUGAUUGACUGAGAAGGGUUAAAGACACUUACCUGGGCAGACGUGGACACGUUUGUGUCUUUUGUUGGACACAACCUCGAUUUGAAUAUUUUAUUGUCACACAACUAUUAUUAAAUCAUACACUACCAACGCCGACGUAGAUGUGUUAGACAGAAGUUAAAUUUGAAUAUUUUACUUGAAAACAAUACAAGAAAUAAAUUCUUUUUUUUUUUUUUUGGAUACUAGGUUCAGUGCUGGACACUUCUAGUAUUCGUAACGGGCGAAUAUGUCCAGAUUUAUAGACACAGCACACGCAGUUAAUGAUAGUGUCCGUGUCUAAAAUAAAAAGUGUCUACGUUUGCUCAGAAACUAAACCUCUUCCCAAUUUACAUGUUUUGCCCUUAUAAUGAACGUAGGUAUAUUAAGUAGAUAUUGCUCAAUCGUUAUGAAUCUUCUCAUUUUAAUAUAAUUAUGACUUAGACUUUCCACAAGUGGUGUGCGUAGGGCUUUAUUAAAGUGUAGAGAAAAUUUAAAGAUAACUCUUUAUUAGUUACACUCCAUUAAUAUUAAAAAUAAUCGAAAGAUAUCACGUCGUACUUUAAUAAUCUAGUUGGUGGAACCGACACUGUGCGUUCGGGUGCACUGUGUGAAUUCAUCGUAAAGCUAAUGAUUACGGGUUUUCAUGAACUAUUUUUUUUUACACCCAAUUAGGUAAAGAACUAACUUUCGGCAAAUAAGUUGGUGGCCCCUUAACUAUGCGUUCAUAUGCACUGUUAGACUUCAGAGUGACUUUGGAGAAAAUACGUAAACCCGCGUUCUUUUAACUCGUUUUUAACAAGCAAAGUUCUAGAAUGUUCUUCCCCGCUGCUUAUAAUGUAGGUUACUUCUAAUACUUCUCUAAGAGUAAAUGGUCACAUUCUAGACGCAUUCCAUUUUAGGCUGCAUCAUCACAUACUACCACGGCACCGAGUCUGCUGUUACAAAUGUGUGUCACAGACAAAAUUAGUAAAAAGAAAGAAAAAGAAAUAUAGUUUAUUAAAAUUUUAAAACUUUACAGUAAAUACAGUUUCUGUUAUCUGCACUAGGUAAGCCUGUGUUAAUUUUAUAGGGGUGUUUUUUCAAGUUUUCUUUAUUUUCGUCCGAAUACCGCAAGCUUUAUCUGAAAGGUCUGAAACAUGCUGCAAACAAACUUCGUUGAUUAUUUGUAGCAUAUCUUGCUCUAUCCCACUAUGGCUGGAGUCGGCUCUCCUAAUUUUCUUACGCCAGUACAAUUUGUAGCCGAUAAUAUUUUAAUACUGUAAACCAAUCCACACUGAGCCAGCGCGGUUGACUACGACUUAACACCCCUUUAAAUUAUGGGAGGAGACCCGUGUCCUGUAGUGGGCCAAUAAUAAUAAAUCAUUGUAUAUUUUUGAAG